GCCAUGUCGGUCGUGCGUCUAUACGGCAGCCGGCCGACGCAGUGCGGGUACUGCGCGGCGAAGAAGGAGUCGCGCCAGUACGUCCUCGAGGCAAUCUCGCUGGCCAUCGACGACUACCAAGCGCUCAUUGACCGAGGCUGGCGCCGCUCUGGCAUGCAUCUCUACCAGCCCGACCGAGACGAGAUCUGCUGCGUGCCGUAUACGAUCCGCCUGCACGCGCCGCAGUUCACGCCCUCCAAGGCCCAUGUCCGUGUCCAGCGCAAGCUCGAAGCCUUCCUCGAGCACCGCAAUGGCUCCAAGAAGCGGAAACGGCCCGACGACGACGACGAGGCUGGGCCACAGGCGAAGAAGACGUCACCGAGUCCCACGUGUGUACUGCUGCAAACGCAGCUAGAGACUGCGGUGUGGGCGUACCUCGAGUCCUGGAUCGACGACACGGCGGCAGCCAAAACCACCUUGCAGCCCAAGAUCCAGGUGCAGCGUACCAAGGCAACGGCCUCCAAGGCUAUCGAUCGAGGGGCGUACACGUCGCCGGUGGCCCACGCGAUCAGCGCCUACCUCAAGAAACAUGCGACAGCGUCCAUUUCUGCCGCCGACGUCGCAGUAGCCAUUGCUGCGCGCAUGACGCUGCCAUCCAGCGACAUGACAGUGUCGGCCGUCAACGGUUUCCUCAAUUUUAGCGUCGAUGACGAGCCGGCCCUAGUUAGCGCGCCGCCGACGUCGCCGCUGCAAACACCUGCGUCGCCCAGGCACAGUAGCAAGCGCGACUGGGUGCUCGAGACCGUUCGGCCGGUCAACACUCCCGAGAUCUACGACGUCUACAAGGCGUACCAAGCCCACGUCCAUGACGACAAUGCCGUCACGCCGUCCUCGUUCGAGUCGUUUCUCGUCCAGUCGCCGCUGCCCGCGGUGCCGGGGUCCGCGGAAGGCUCUUUCUUCCAGCUGUACCGUCUCGACGGCGAGCUCGUCGCGGUUGGCGUCAUUGACGUCCUCGGCGCCAACUGGUCGUCGGUGUAUUUUUUCUACAAGCCAAAGUACGCCCACCUCCAGCUCGGGACGUACUCGGUGCUGCGAGAGAUUGCCCGCUGCACGCGCGGCAACUACUACAUGGGCUACUACAUUGGCAGCUGCGUCAAGAUGCAGUACAAGGCGCGCUUCACGCCGUCCGAGCUCCUCUGCCCAAAGACGCUGACGUUUGUGCCGUUGACACCCGACGUCCAAGCCCGUGCCGAUGCCGACGCCUCCAAGGUCGUCCAGCUCGCGCCCGCGACGACUCUCGCGUCACCGCCCCAAGACGACGCGGUCGAUGCGAUCGAGCUCGUCUUUACCGACUGUGUUGUCAGCGUCAAGGAUGCGAGAGCGUCGUUGCAUCCUGUCGUGCUCCAGCACCUUGUCGACUUUGCCGCCAUGGUGGGCCCGCACUUGACGAGCCGCCUUCGCGUGCAAAUGUUCUAGCGCUUUCUAGUCUCAACACUGUCUACAUUUAGCGCCACCACCGACGACAAUAUGACCCUAGAUUAGUAUCUUGUUUGUCCGAGUCGGCAGGAGCCUCUGCCAAUGAGCUCAUCGACACCAGUACUCGACCAGCGCCAUUGCAG